ACAAUUACAGUGCUAUUGACAGUUGACAAGAAAUAUAUUGUAAUUUGUAACUUGUAAUGGCUACAUUUUUAUAAAAGUAAAACUUUUGGGAACCUUAAUUCCUCCAGAACAUUGAACAUAAUUUCCAAACGACUGUAUUUACUUUCACGAAUAAAAUCAACAUGGAGGAGUUAGCUGUGGAGGUUUGCGGCGAAAAUGGAGCUCUUUAUAAGGGUUAUAUCAUAGACAUAUUUGACGAUGAAGUUCUAAUUCAUUUUGAAGAUGAUUGGCAGCCAGACUCAAAGUUUCCAAAUUCUCAAGUUAGGUUACCUCCUAAAGCAGAUCCCAAAGUGGAAUUCACAGAAAAUAUGGAAGUUGAGGUGUAUUCAAGAUCAAGUAUUCAAGAAGCCUAUGGCUGGUGGAAAUCAAGAAUCAAGGUGGGUACAUUAUUUUUUUCUUUCAACUUCUACCCUCACAUUGUACGUAUAUCUCCCAAGUAA